AUGGCGAGCAACCUACGCCAGCCUACAGCCCCAACUACCCUACAGCAGGCACAAACCAAUGCCUUGCUCAACCUCCUCAACCUCAAUCAACCACCGGAGUCGAGUAGCGCCGGAGGCAAGGGCGGCAGCUCUGGUUUCAAGACGCCUCCUGUUGCCCCACCUCCUGUAUGGAAAGUUCUCGUGUUGGACCAGCAAACGAAAGACGUGCUCGCAACUGUGCUGCGCGUCCAGGAUCUACGUGACGCGGGAGUAACCCUCCACGUCCAAUUGCACUCUCUGAGACCUGCACUACCCGACGUACCCGCUGUCUACUUUGUUUCGCCAACCCUAGCCAACAUACGAAGAAUCGCCGAAGAUCUUAAGAAAUCCCUCUACGAGUCUUUCCAUCUCAACUUCGUCGAACCACUACCCCGCGCGUUGCUUGAAGAACUCGCAUCGUCUGUAGCACAGGAUGGCACUUCGGAAUUGGUGGAACAGAUGGUCGACCAGUACCUAUCAUUCAUUGCCCCUUCCCCAUCUCUCUUCUCCCUUCUUCCACCACAACCACCAGCGCAAACCGCAGCAUCUGCCGGCCAGACACCCAGUUCUGGGCCGGUGUCAACAUAUACUCUCCUCAAUUCUCCUUCGUCGACUGAGCAGCAAAUCGAAGAAGAGAUUGAGCGUGUUGCAAGCGGCUUGUUUAGUGCGGUUGCCACAAACGGGCAUGUUCCUAUUAUUCGAGCACCGAGAGGCAAUGCUGCCGAGAUGAUUGCGAAGAAGUUGGAGACAAAAAUCCGAGAUGCAAUUCUAUCCUCAGCGCGAAACCACGCUUCCUCUGCCUCGCUAUUUGCUCAAGAUUCGACUGGCCUCUCGAAUCUUCAAAGACCGCUCCUUCUCAUCUUGGACCGUAACGUCGACCUUGUAUCUAUUCUCGCUCACGGGUGGACAUACCAAGCUUUGAUUUCGGACUGCCUCGAGUUCAAGCUCAACCGCGUUUCCAUUGCUCCGCCGAAAGAAACCAAGAAAUCAUAUGACCUAGAUUCGAAAGACUUCUUCUGGGCGGAUAAUGCUGCCAACCCUUUCCCUCAGGUCGCGGAAGAGAUCGAUUCAGCACUGAACAAGUACAAGCAAGACGCCGCUGAAAUUACUCGCAGCACUGGGGUUAGCGAUGUCAAUGACAUUUCUCAGUUAGAUCUGACGACAAAUGCGGCACAUCUGAAAACGGCGAUAACCCAACUGCCGGAACUGACGGCCAGGAAGGCGACGCUAGACACGCACAUGAACAUUGCUCAUGCGCUUCUGGAACAAAUUAAGAAACGCAGCCUUGACGAGCUAUUUAGUACAGAAGAAGCGAUUUCUCGUCAAACUACCGCUACCAUCCUGGAGUUCCUACGAGCGCCUCGCCCAGACGGAGAACUGACUGCAACUGACAAACUCCGUCUCGUCCUCGUCUUCUACCUUUCAGCCCCGGACAACGCCAUCUCGAAGGACGACGUUGCUGAACUUGAGAAGGAACUGAAGGCUGCAGGUGCCGACAUGGCUGCCUUCGAAUAUGUGCGACGGACACGCGAAAUUUCGCGCAUGACGUCGUCUAUUAGUCAAGGGACUGCUGGAACUGCGACACCGACUCUGGGAAGCGUGGCUAACCAAGGAGGGGAACUGUUCAAGGGCUUCAGUGCAUUUGGUAACAGGCUCACGAACCAGCUCAAAGACGGUCGUUUCGAUACCCUCAUCUCUGGCGUCAAGAAUUUCCUACCUACCAACAAGCUCUUCCCCGUCACACGGCUGACGGAAGCUCUCAUGGAUUCCUCGGCAGCGUCAAAUCAGUCGCUCGCAGAAACCGACGAGUACAUUUUCCUCGAUCCCCGAGCUCCUCGACACGCACAUGCCGAGGGAAUGAUCUUCGUCGUUGGUGGUGCUGGAUAUGUAGAAUAUGGCAAUCUGGAGGAGUGGGCAGCAAAGUCGGGCAAGCGCGUCACAUAUGGAGGAACGGACAUCCUUGAUCCUGGAAGUUUCGUCACUCUUUUGGAGAACCUAGGCAAGUCAGGUUCUGUAUAA